UCUUUGUUAAACCCUAACACUCCUCAACGGUCAAAAAUCAAAAGUGCAGUGAAGUUCCCCCAAUGACAGACGAGAAAUCCAGCUCCUCCAAACCAUCGAGCCAUCACCGCUCAGAAUCCCCGGAACGCCCUUCCAAGGUGGCGAGGUUCGACGCUGGCGGCGAGGAAGAGGACGGAUCCGAGGCCGAGGGAGAGUUUGUUGAGAAAAUUAUGAUUCCCAAGCCUGGAAUGCAGAGAUACUUAGUUGCGGUUGAGUACAUCGGCACUCGUUUCUCCGGCGCGCAAAAGCAGCCCAACUGUAGAACUGUCGUCGGUGUUCUAGAGGCGUUUCGAAAAUUUAUCGGGCAGCCAGUUUCGAUAUUCUGCUCGAGUAGGACAGAUGCAGGAGUUCAUGCCUUGUCAAAUGUGUGCCAUGUAGAUGCUCAGAGGAUCAGCAAACGAAAGCCUGAUGAAGUGUUACCGCCUCAUGAACCUUCAGUGGUCAAGAGAGCUGUCAAUCAUUUCUUACAGAAGAAUGAUGGUGAUAUAAUGGUGGUGGAUGUUCGGUGUGUUCCUGCUGAUUUCCAUGCUCGAUAUAAAGCUCAGGAACGCACGUACUUCUAUAGACUGCUGUCAGGUUCAGAACCUCUAUCAGCUUUUGAGAAAGAUCGAGCAUGGCAUAUUCCCGAGGAACUUGAUGUUUUAUCUAUGCGGAAAGCAUGCCGAUUGCUCGUCGGACGUCAUGAUUUUAGUUCAUUCCGGGCUGCUGCAUGUCAGGCUAAAUCGCCGAUAAGAACUUUGGAGGAGCUGACUGUUACUGAGGUUGCUUCAAGCCCAUAUUUUCCUACUAUAAUGGAGAGGACCCACUAUGAUGGCAACAUGGAAGGUACAUUCCCGAGCUCAGAGGUCGAUACUCCUGACUCUAUGCUCAAAACACAGAAUUAUGGCCAAGAAUUUGGUGUAAGGAGAAGACACCAUUGCGUGGUAGUUACUGCACGGGCUCGUUCCUUCCUCUACCAUCAGGUUAGAUUGCUUGUCGGGGUUCUGAAGGCCGUAGGAACGGGCAACAUCUCGGUUUCUGAUGUUGAACGAAUAUUGGAAGCGAAGGAUGUCGCAGCUGCAAGUCCAAUGGCGCCGGCAUGCGGUCUCUACCUUGGACAUGUCAAGUACGAUCUCCCUUCGAGCUAGUUUUUUCAUGCAUUGAAAAGGAAACACGCAAACAAGCAUUGCCGAGUAAAUUUGGAUUAAAAUUUAAUGGUUUAGAUUAAACAAGGGUAUGAUAGUUUUUUUAAUUUAAUUUUUAGAGUGCGAAAUUUCAAAUUAAUUUAGGAUUAAUUUCUCCCAUUCCUGCUCGUACCACUUAUCUUUCUUUGAAUCAUCACCAAUUUCUUCUUCCAAUUCCAAUUGCCGGAGCCCUCUAGCCGUGUCGCCGACAACUGACAUCUCUCUCUCCUUUCUUCUGCUCUCUCCACCAUCGAUUACAGUCACCCCCUUCUUCCAUUCUUUUCGGCAACCAUUAUGCCUCAUCAUCGAUAUCAAUAUCCAAAUUUUGUUUGUCAUCGUAGUCGUUGUGAAUAUUGUAGUUCCGUAUGCUUAACACUUCAAUUAAAAAUGUGCAAAUACUGACAGAUAAAAUCCAAAAUGCUUACAGUAAAUUAAGUAAUAAUAUGUUUUUUGGUUGCAUGUAGUAUAUGAUUUAGAUUGAGAAUGAAAAUACUAUUGCUCAUAAAAGUAAAAUGAAGUUGGUUAAGGAUUGGAAAUGACUAUGUAGGAUGCUAAAAAAUAUCAAACAAGCUUAUCAAAUUUUGUGUCUGUAUAAUAUAAUAUGAAUUGUUUCCUCAAAAUAUUAACCAGAAGAAUGAGAAAUUAUUGUUAUACCCCUAAGUCAAUACAAGCCAUUAGAUUAUAAAAUACUCCCUCCAGCCGUCGUCCCAAAUAUCCUGUCAUUUAAUUUUUAAUUAUCCUAUUUAAUACUACUAUCCACCUAAAAAUUCGUGUCAAAAACAAAUAUUGCACCUUGUUUGGGAUGGAGUAUAAUCUAAUAGUUAUUAAUCAAUCGGCAACAUGUUAAUUAGUGACUAUCAGCGCCCAAUG